CAUAAUACAAGUGCCGGACACAAUUUGUAUUUUUUCCCCUACAUUUGAAAAGCUUUUUAUAUUUGUUUACAACUAUAUUUAAAUGAUCUGGUAAUACUUAUAGGCAUUUUUCUUUUCUAAUGCGCAUUUUCUAUGUACUGAGGUAGCUCGCGCGAUAGCUUGUAUGUCGCCAUGGAAACGUGUCACGUGCCUAUGGAGCUCAGCCUAAGCGGAGACGCUAACGAUUAGCUGGUGCACCUGUAACUUCUGCUGAGGUUCAGGAGAAAAGUCUAUCAGAGACAUACACAACAACAGUGAUUAAUAUGAAGAAGUCUAGACUCUGGGUAGACCAUGGAAAGAUGCGCAGAAUUAGAGCUGAGGAUCUGGAGUGGUCUUUAGUUUUGGUGCCUUCACUGACACAACUUUGUCUUGAUCACAUUGUACAACAUUUUGAAGAUAAUCCCAUUCUUGAGGAACUUCCACCCAAACAUAAGGCUUCUGUCCUGCUAAAGCUGCCUCCAACUCUGCCUCUGACCACAACAGCAAACCUGAUCAGUGAUGAGGAUUACUGGAAGCGUUGCUGUCUGAAACGCUGGAGAUUGUGCGAUGUGUCUGAAUAUGGCAACAGCUGGAAGCGGAUGUUCUUCGAAUGUCAUCUAGAGAACAUAAUUGAACAUUAUGUCCCAGACGUGACUGACAACAAUUCGGUUCUUGAGCUCGUGCCGCUGUGCAGAGACUUUGUGAAAAGACUGAGGAUCUCUCAGCUCCUUCCACCAGUUAAGGAGCCAGAGGCAUUUGAGGAGAACGACAGUGUGGAUUCGGUCAGCAACCCUGAGCAGGCCUCAUUGGAUCAUUUUGAUUUCCGAAUUCUGCUGGACAAAUUGACUAACCUGAAUGAGCUGCAGUUGGUUUACGGUGUAAAAAACUGUGGCAUGAACUUUGAGUGGCCUCUUUUUCAGUUUACCCUCCGUGAUUGUCAGUCAUUGGCUGAGGCUGUGAAAUCCUGCAAAUCCUUGAAGGUUCUCCGAGUAAAUCGAAGCCUGAUGGACGAUCAGAAUUGUCGCCUGCUGGUUAACCACCUUCUGGAUCAUCCAUCCUUGCUGGAGCUCGACUUGUCACACAAUAUUAUAGGAGAUGGAGGGGCAAGAGCCAUCGGCGAACUCCUCAACCACAGCCGUCUAGAGGUGCUAAACAUUUAUGACAAUCGGAUCAGUGGACCAGGAGCCCAAGCCUUAGCUCACGCCCUCUCUAAAAACACCUCUCUUGUCUCACUCAACUUGAGACUGAACCAGCUGGGGGAUGAAGGUGGUCAGGCUAUAGCUCAAGCCUUGCUAAAAAAUCAGACUCUGGUAAACCUACAUUUAGGAGCCAAUGAGAUGACGGAGCCCACAGCCUCAUCAUUCUCACAGGUCUUAGUAUGUAACAUGGCACUAAAGAAUCUCAACCUGUCCUGCAACAAAAUGGGAAUGGAUGGAGGAAUUCUGGAAGAAGGGAUGUCACAGAACAGCACCCUGCUGGAGUGUGAUAUUCGCCUCACUAAAAUGAGCUCAGAGAGCGAGUGCCGCAUCCGUGAGGUCCUGUGCACUAAUCAGGACAAUGCUGCCCUGCUGGUUUGAAUCUAAUAUAAAAUGUAUUCUGCUUUACUCUUUAAAGGCUCUGUCCAGUUUUUUUUUAAUAUUGUAAACCCCAGAAAUUCCAAAGAGCCGCUGCUGAAAGCUUGUGCAAGACCCAGAUUGGAUUCUGUUUUACGUUUAUUCAUUUAGAAUUGGAUUUAUUAAAUAGUUCAUUUGAAUAAAAAUCCACUUAUACUGCAA